AUGCAGCAAGUGGAAAUUCCCAACUGCUGUCAGAUGGAGCCACUGGCGCCGGAACACUUGUUGACGAAAUGUGAAGAACUGGUAGCAGCCGAUAGUAAUCCCGGAACAGAUAUGUACGAUGUGUGUCUGAAGCAAUGUAUAUUUGAGGAGCUGGGUGCCAUUGAUGGCUACGAGAUGCAUCUGGAAAUGCUUUACCCGGUAAUGGAAAGCUUUCCCGUUGACUAUCGGCAAGCGGUACGUUUAGCGAUCGAUGAGUGCAAUGGAAGGUUGCAGCACAUCCAGAAACAUAAACCGAAACGAUGUCAACAGUGUGAAGAACAGUGUCCAAUGCUUGGGCAACAGGUGGAGAGGUGUUUGGAGGCGGCCACUUACAACAAUUGUCCCAUUUCUCGGUGGAGAGCUAGUACAGCCUGCAACAAGGUACGCCGGAAAGUUCCGUUCUGUUGA